CAGUUGCUGCUCGAUCCACCAAAAUUUGUGCUGCUUGCCUUGUACACCUUGGCACCUUGCCUUGCCUCCACCCACACACAACACAACACAAGCAAGCCAGCAAUAAAUCCGUCCUUGGAAUGCACGUUUUGCAAACCUCCAAUUCUUUUUCUUCUUCAACGUACAGUACGCCGUUGCCAUUGUACAUGCACAUCAAUGAUCCGGGAUCCACACCUGCCUAAGAAGAAUGCCUAUAAAUUCACAGCCCCGAUAGCCUGCAAUCCUCAUCACCAUCGACGACUCCCACCCAUCUCAUCUCCAAGAAUAAACACAUCCAAUAGAGAAUCGACCGAGAUAGCUCCUGGAGCCAUGAGGGCGCACCUCUCCCUGGCCGUCCUUCUCGUCCUGACCAUCGGGUGCGCGGCGCCGGCGUUGGCGGCGGCGCAGGACUACGACUUCUUCUUCCUCGUGCUGCAGUGGCCGGGGUCGUACUGCGACACGAAGAAGAGCUGCUGCUACCCGAAGUCGGGGAAGCCGGCGGCGGACUUCGGGAUCCACGGGCUGUGGCCCAACCGCGAUGAUGGAACCUACCCGCAGGACUGCAACCCCGACAACGCGUUCGACCCCUCCAAGGUGAGCGACCUGCUGGGCAGCAUGCGCAAGAACUGGCCGACGCUGGCGUGCCCGACCAACGACGGCGUCCGCUUCUGGGGCCACGAGUGGGAGAAGCACGGCACCUGCGCCGAGAACCUCUUCGACGAGCACGGCUACUUCAGCACCGCGCUCCGCCUCCGGGACCAGCUCCGGGUCCUCGACGCGCUCCGCUCCGGCGGCAUCAGCCCGGACGGCGGCUACUACACGCUGAGCGCCAUCAAGGGCGCCAUCCAGCAAGGGACGGGGUUCGAGCCCUUCGUGGAGUGCAACCGCGAUGAGUCCGGCAACUCGCAGCUCUACCAGCUCUACUUCUGCGUCGACGCCGGCGCGACGAAGUUCGUCGAGUGCCCCGUGUCGCCCGGCGGCCGCCCCUGCGGCAACAGGAUCGAGUUCCCGGCAUUCUGACUGAUGAUUUCUGGUGGUUGAUCAUAUAUGGCUAUUCUUCAUUUGGUCUUUGAUGAUUUCUUCAGACUUGACAGAAUAAACUCAAGGAUGUUCGAUCAUGGUGCUGAUUUCCUUCCUUUUUUUUUCCUGCAUUAAUUCUCUGCAUAAUCUUGCCAAGUGCUGGAGUUCUUGAUUGAUGUGUAUGAUAUGAUGGGACUUUUUUUCUAGAAUACAUGAUAUGAUGGGACUGGUGUACACAUAUGGAGCUGAUUGCUCCUUCAUAUUCAGAGAUCGAUUGAUAUCAAGGGGCAUUGUUUCCUGUCGUUAGUUCAGUUUAA